GAGGCUGCUGUUUGUUCAGCCAGAGAGGCACAGAAAAAGAAAAAUGGCGGCUCUAGGCGAACCCAAACGGGACGCCGGGCUAACAUUUUGAGCUUUCACGCCCGGAAAGACACGGGGGCUUCUCGGGGUUUGCUGCACCGUCUGAAUCCCCUCAGGUCCAGCUUUGCAGGGGUGUCGUUUUCGCUCGCGUUCGUGUAGGCUAAAUAAACGCUAAAACUGGGAUAGUAAAAUAAUAUCUGUCGCGUAUCAUGAGAGGGAAGAGGGGCAGGCCGCCCAAACCGCUACAACCAGAGGAGCCGUCCCCGGCUGCGGCCCGGGGCUUGAGACCGAGGCGGAAUCUGAAGCCCCGGUUGAGGGACAGCGGGGAUGAGGACGCAGAGAGCCCCACAAGGGAGACCCCGAAGUCGUCCAGAAAGAGGAAAGCGGGAUCCGUCACGUCAACGCGGGGCAGGGGACGAGGGAGAGGUGGCGGCGGUGGAAGAGGAGGCAGAGGAGGUCGAGGAGGAGGAAGGAGGACGGCUGCGUCCAAAACAGUGGUGUACGACGACCACGAGAGCGAGGAGGAGGACGAUGCAGUCAGUCUGAGGUCCGAGGAGGACGAGUUCAUUGAGGAGGAACCCCAGUCCGAGGAGGAUGAGGGCCUCAAGGAGGACUCCGAUUGCCUUGAAGAUGAUGUGCUGGACGAGGAGGAGGAGGAGGAGGAUGAUGCCAGCUACUGUACAGAGAGUAGCUUUCGGAGUCAGAGCACACACGCCAGCACUCCGGGGAAGAAGAAAGUACGGCCCCGACCUCGCACCCCCAUUCUCGAGGAGAAGGAGAUUCCUCCUCUUGUGCUUCCUGACUCCUCUGAGGACCUUCUGGUGCCCAGUGAGGAGCUGCUCAAUGCCACCUCCAUCUACGAGGUGGUACGGAACUUCAGCACAGUGCUGCGUCUCUCCCCCUUCCGCUUCGAGGACUUCUGUGCAGCACUGGUAGGCCAGGAGCAGUGCACUUUAAUAGCCGAGACCCAUAUUUCCCUCCUGAAGGCCAUCCUGCGCGAGGAGGACUCCUCCAACACUACCUUUGGCCCCGCUGACCUGAAGGACAGCGUCAACUCCACCUUGUACUUUAUUGACGGCAUGACGUGGCCUGAGGUGUUGCGGGCGUACUGUGAGAGCGACCGGGAGUACCAUCAUGUCCUUCCAUAUCAGGAGGCGGAUGAGUAUCCCUACGGUCCACUUGAGAGUAAGAUCAAGGUGUUACAGUUUUUGGUGGACCAGUUUCUCACCACCAACAUCGCCCGGGAGGAGCUGAUGUCUGACGGCAUCAUGCAGUAUGACGACCACUGCCGCGUGUGUCACCGCCUGGGGGACCUGCUGUGCUGUGAGACCUGCUCAGCGGUCUACCACCUGGAGUGCGUGAAACCACCGCUGCAGGAGGUUCCAGAGGACGAGUGGCAGUGCGAGAUUUGUGUGGCACACAAGGUGCCUGGUGUCACAGACUGUGUGACGGAGGCACAGAAGAACAGGCCAUACAUCCGCCAGGAGCCCAUUGGAUAUGACCGCCACCAGAGGAAAUACUGGUUCCUAAACAGAAGGAUUAUUGUCGAGGAAGAUGGGGAACAUGAGAAGAAAAAGAUCUGGUACUGUAGCACCAAGGCCCAGCUGGAGGAGCUCAUGGAGUGCCUGGAUAAGGAGUAUUGGGAAAUGGACCUCUAUGCCACCCUGGAGGAGAUGAAGGUAGAAGUGCAAGCCCACAUGGACAUCACAGAGGACCUUACCAACAAAGCCCGAGGAAACAGUAAAGCCUACCUCACUGCCGUCAACGAUGUGGUCAUGGAGCGUUUAAAGAUCAGGCGAGAGGCACGGGAAGCAAAGAGGCAAGUAGGGGACGCAAAGCAGGAAGCAGAAACGAGCCCUGUUAAGACAACAGAGGACGAGCUCACCUCACAGCUCAACGACAGAGAGCACAAAGACACUGAGCCCAAGGAAGAUGCUAGUUCACAAGCAGCCACGGUUGCCCCUGCUAUAGAGGAGACCUGCACGUCAGAUCUUAACCCCAGCUCGGCCAUGCAGGACGCUGCCACGCCGAAAGCGGAGUCCCUCGACCCGAACAAGGAAGCACAGCCUGCUCACUCUAGGAGCCAGGAGAGUGGGGAGUGCCCUCCUUUGGCAAAGCAGGAAAGGCCAGAUGAGGACACAAAAGCAGAGUCUCGCAGUGAAGACAAGCACCCUGACGAGACGCAGGCACAAACCCAAGAUCGGCCACAGCAGCAGUCUUCUCAACCAGAGGCGAGUAGUGAUAGCAGCCAGGUUUCUGGAUGUGGGACCGUCAGGAAACCAGAUCAGCCUGACCUGGCUGAUCGGUCCUCUCAGUCCUCUUUCACCAGCCAGGAUGGGACAGAUGAGUAUAAUGAAAGGUUCAAGACUGAUGGAGGGAGUGCAGGUGGACGUGAAUCCAAUAACCAAACGCCUAGAGGCAGCAAAGAGUCAUCUCCCGUGCGCUCUGAUGGUGAAGCCUUGCGUCUCAGCUUCUUAAAAAGGGACCUGAACGUGAAUUUGAACAACUUGUUCAAACUGGGUCAGGAGGGUAAAUACAGAGUCUACCAUAACCAGUACAGCACCAAUGUCCUGGCUCUGAACAAGCAUCAGCAUCGCGAGGACCACGACAAGAGACGCCACCUCUCCCACAAGUUCAGCCUGACCACCGCGUCUGAGUUCAAGUGGAAUGGCUCUAUCUACGGUUCACGGAGCCUGACUGUCUCCACCCUGCGUCUCACCAUCAUCCAGUUGGAGACCAAUGUCCCUGGACCGUUUAUGCAUCCUAACUGGGCAUCACACAGGACCAACUGGAACAAAGCAGUACAGAUGUGCAGCAAGGCCAGGGAAUUUGCUUUGGCCCUGGCCAUACUGGAGUGUGCCAUCAAACCAGUGGUCAUGCUGCCUGUAUGGAAAGAUUCCCUCGGACACACCAGGUUGCACCGCAUGACCUCCGUGGAGCGGGAGGAGAAAGAGAAGGUGAAGAAGCGAGAGAAAAAACUGGAGGAUGAGGAGACACUGCAACAGGCCACUUGGGUCAAGUACACCAUCCCUAUCAAGCACCAGGUGUGGAAGCAGAAGGGUGAGGAGUACAGAGUGACGGGGUACGGUGGCUGGAGCUGGGUCAGUAAGACUCGUGUGCCACGGUUUCUUCCGAGGCUACCAGGGAACACAAAUGUAAACUACCGCAAAGAACUAGAGGCGAAAAUGAGCAAGGAAAAUGCAGCAGCUGGCACAGAUGAGCAGAAAAAGUCCAUGGACACCGAGAAGCAGAAUACUGCAAACACAGCGGACGAGGACAAUGGACAAACAUCCAUCACUGCGUCAUCUCAGAGCACUUCAUCAGAGGAGGACAACUGUCAGACGUCCAAAGAGGAAGAAAAACCCAUGGGGGAGGAGCAGGGAACAAAUGAAGAAGAGAAGAGAGAAGAUGACAAAAUGGAGGUUGACUCCUGCUCAGAAACUGCUGCUUCAAGUGACGAGAAAGCUGAAGCCGAUAAAGCUGAAAGCAAAGAGCCCUCCUCGCCUUCUGUGGAGCCUGUGAGGGAAGAACCAAUCCAGAAAGUUGAACAACCCAUGAAGGAGGAGGCCACUGCACCAAAGCCCUACUACGAUGUCGUCAAUGUCAGCGAGGGCUUCCAGCUGCGGACAGCUUAUAAGAAGAAGGUGAAGCCGUCCAAACUGGAUGGGCUUCUGGAGCGCCGGGUAAAACAGUUCACCCUGGAGGAGAAGCAGAGGCUAGAGCGGAUGAGACAGGCAGCCCUGCUCUCCAAAAUGGCUGCUACAAAGCCUACCUCUGGUGUUAAGACUGAAGGAUCCACAUCAGGCAAACAGCAGCCUGCUGUGGCCCCAUGUGUAAAAGAAGAGGAGGAGAGCCUUCAAGUGAAAGAUCAUGUGGUUAAAAGGCUUCACUUUGAGCAGGAGCAGACAGAGAUAAAGGCAGACAACAUAGAUGUCAAAUCAGACACCACAGUACCCAACCACAGCAAAAAAAUGGAGGUAAAUGCUGUGCAGGGGAACGGCAGGGAGGCCUUAUCUCACAUAGAAGUGAACGGAGGACCCUUGGCGAGCACUGAGCUAAACAGUAAAAACAAUUGUAUGUCUGAUGCAAUAGACAAAACACAGAAACCAGAGGUGGCUCGAGUGGGAGAGAAUGCCAAAAAACGUGCAUAUGAGGAAAUGGAAAAAAGCAGUGGACAGAGUGACACAGAUGGCAUGGCGGUAGACCAAAGCAAGACCAGUCCAGUGCAGGUGAAUGGGAAGGCUGGGGGUACAGCCCUUGCAGGGUCAAACAUCAACUCAGAACCAGCAAGCCGAGUCCAAAGUGAUAUUAAAGAGCCUCAGAAAGAGUCUGUCAAGUCCCUGAUGAAUGGAAACCUCUCGCAAAACGAUGUGUCCGACAUAUGUCAUCCACCUCCCCUGAAAGUCCCCAAAUUAGAGAACCACGUGGCAGAGAAAGGAGACUCUCUCAGUAAGAAUGAGGAUGUGGACAAGAACAGUGAGGAGACAGUACCCGCUAAGCUUCCAUCCUCAAGCCCCUCUUGCCUGAAUAGUAAUAGCACCGACACUAGUGGUGAAGGUUUGAAGACUUCCACCUCCACAGAGUCUCAAAAUGAACCGCACUCUGACGUCGUGUCUCAAGCAGCAAGUAGCGCCGUCGCCUCUGUUACCACCACCCCAACCCAGUCCAGCUCCAAGGCAAUUGUCCCCCAGAAUACCAAACUUCCUGUCACUGACACCAAGAUGGUCACUUCUGGUUCAGCAACAACCAGCUCGAUGACGAUUAGUAAGGAGUAUUCCACCAGGGACCCAGUGAGCCUUCUCAGGUUCUCCAAAUCCAAGAAGGCACGCUCAGGGACGGCCCUGCCGUCCUACCGCAAGUUUGUCACCAAGAGCAGCAAGAAGAGCAUCUUCAUCCUGCCAAAUGAUGACCUAAAGAGACUGGCGAGGAGGGCAAGCAUCAGAGAGGUGCCCAUCUUCAACUACAAUGCCAAACCAGCCCUGGAUAUAUGGCCCUACCCUUCACCUCGGCCCACUUUCGGGAUCACGUGGAGGUAUCGUCUCCAGACUGUGAAGUCGCUGGCAGGGGUCAGCCUGAUGCUGAGGCUGCUGUGGGCCUGCCUGAGGUGGGACGACAUGGCCGUUAAGCCCUCUGCUGCCGUAGGGACUACUCGGAAAGAAACCACAGAAACAGACAUCAUUACAACAGAGAUUAUAAAACGAAGAGACGUGGGGCCUUACGGCAUCCGCUCUGAAUACUGCAUCCGGAAGAUUAUCUGUCCCCUUGGAAACAGAGAAACUCCCAAAGAAACCCCCACUCCACAAAGGAAAGGCCUGCGAUCGAGCGCCUUAAGGCCCAAGAAGCAGGAGCCGGCCAAGCUGACUGGGCCUAUUGCUGUGGAGACAUGGGUGCUUGAGGAAGACCUGGAGCUGUGGGAGAUCAGGGCAUUUGCAGAAAGAGUAGAGAGGGAGAAGUCACAGGGUCUUGAUCCUUCCAAGACUGGCAGUAGUUUGAGGACAGCAGAGGAUGUCAAGGCCCAUUUGGAGAAUCAGCUGAAACAGGCCCGACUGGCUGCCCAGCAGAAACGUCUGGAGCAGCAGAGACCGAGUACAACUUCCACCACUCCCUCAACAGCAACCACCACCACUUCAGCCAGCACUCCCAGCACCCCAUUGUCCAUCGGCCAGCGGACUGGUCAGGUCACAUCUGGAACCAAGAUGGUCCUGGCCUCGAAACUGGGUUCUCCAGUUUCCUUCCAGCAAGACAAAAACUUCCAUCAGUCUUUUGCUUCCUGGGUCAAGCAGGGUCAGACCAGCAACAGCUCAGCCUCCACUGGCUCGGUGGCCACCGUGGCUAGCAGCAUCACCACCUCAGAGCAAGCCUUCCAGAUCGCUGGCAGCCCAGUGACUGUGGCUGGCCAGGUCCUCGCCGCCAAACUCCCGCUGCCCGCUAACAGCAAGAUUGUCACGCUCAACAUGCCCACCACUCAAGGAGGUGUGGUCCAGCAGAAAGUCCUGAGCAUUUUCCCCUCUGGUCCCCCUGCAAACCUUAGGACAUACAGCACACUACACCCUACGACUGGCAACAUCAACCUCAGAGCCACCACCUCUGCCUCAACUACCCAGCAACAGGCCAUCACAGCAGGAGGCCAAACACAGCUUGGCACGCCGAUGAGCCAGUCACCUACCCCAUCUACCUCUGUGGGCACCGCAAUGAUAAGAGGUCCAACGCCGGCUCAACAAGGCCAACCUCAGCACGCUGUGACCCAGAUGGGCCCCAGCCAGCCUGGAUCCUUAGCUGUGCCUGGUCCUGCGUCUGGGCAGACAAGUGCAGCUCAGAGAGCAGCAGGUGUUGCACCGUCACCUCAUGCAGCCACCACAGCACCUGGACAGUCAUCUGGAGCUUCCCCCCAAGCCAACAGACCACAGCAGGGUCAAGUUAAACUCACUAUGGCACAGCUCAUGCAGCUAACGCAGGGUGCUCAGGGUGGAAACCCAGGUCUGACGGUGGUGAUCCAGGGUCAGGGCCAGACGCAGGGACAGCUGCAAAUUAUCCCACAGGGUGUAACAGUCAUCCCCGGUCCUGGUCAGCAGCUAAUGCAGGCCGCCAUGCCCAAUGGUCAGGUCCAGCGCUUCCUAUUUACUCCCAUGCCCCCAUCCUCAUUAGCUUCAACUUCAAUACCCACUACUGCUUCCCCUACAAAGCCUGCCGUAGCUCAGACGCCUCAAACACAAGGUCUGGCCCAAGUCCAGACGACUCCUUCAGCCCUAGCCCAAACCCAAAUGGCUGCCCCUUUACCUGCCCCAACACAUGUUGCAGCUGCAGCUCCAGCUCCAGCACAAAUGCCACGUUUGGGCCCUACCACGGUACAAACCCAAGUUUCAACCGCUACCCCAUUAUCAGUCCCAACACAACCCCAAAUAUCCACUCCUGUACCUGCCCUGCCACACAUGGCAGCCCAGGCCUCAACACAGGUUCUAUCUUCCACACCAACCUCUGUCCCAGCACAAAUGGCAAGACCUGUGCUAACCCCAGCACAGAAUGCAGUCCCAGCCAUGGUGCAAAACCAAGUCUCCACCCAUAUGCCAGGCUCAUUCCCUACGCAAACCCAAACCGCAGUGUCACUGUCUGUCCCAGGACAAGUGGCACCUCAGUCACAGCUCACACACGCCUUCAGCCCUCCUCCAGCCUUAACCUCAGCCCCUGUCCAGAUGCACGUUACUGUUCCAGCCCCUGCUUUAGCCCCCCUCUCAGGCCCGUCUAAUUUGGCUCAGAUGCCUGUUUCUGCCUCUCUUCCCUCACCUGUCCAAGUUCCAACCCCUGCCCUUGCUCCAGUCUCCGCUCCCGUCAUAGCUGUUGUGUCCAGCCAAUUAGCUGUCCCGUCCCCAGCCAAAGCUCUAACCCAAAUCCAAGCCACAGCUCCUGUUCCGCUCCAUGCCGCUGUGGCCAAUGCUGUUGUCACACCAGUCACAGCCACCUCUACAACACCGUCAGUGCCAGCUCUGAUAGAGCAGAAGGCAGCUCAGCCCCAGGUCUGGACUCCAGCCUCAUCUCAGGCUCAGACUCCAGUUCAGCCAGCUCAGCUGGCUGCAGCACCUGUUCAGCCACCUGCCCUGGCAACUGUACCCUCCUCUGCCCCUGCAUCAGUCUCCACACAUUCACCCGUUACUCCUCUGCCUCAAGCAUCUCUUCCUCCUCAAGCUCAAGUACAAGUCCAGCACCCUACCGUUGUAUCCAUGCAGCAAGUGUCUCAAAUUCCAGUCUCAGCAGUGCAGGUUCAUAUGAAGGGGUUACCAGUCUCUUCUGUUGUUACUACUGUGAGAUCUACACAGCCUCAGCCCCAAACCCAUUCUCAGCUUCAACCCCAGCAUCAAGCCCAAAUCUGUGCACAGAUUCAGGUCCAACCCUAUGGCCAGGUCCAACAAAUGCCACACAUUCAGGCUCAAGCGCAUCUCCAGGCCCAAGCACAAGCCCAAAACCACCCCCAAGUCCGAGUUCAGUUUCAGCCACAAGCUCAGCAACCGCCACAAGCUCAGCAACCACCCCAAGCCCAAGCACAGACCCUUGCUCAAAAUCAACCUCAGGUGCAGUUUCAGUCCCAAAACCAAACCUUGCCCCAGGUCCAGGCCACAGCCCAGGCCCAACUCCAAUCAAGGGUCCAGUUCCAUCCCCAGGUACAAGCUCCAUUUCAAACACAGGCUCAAACCCAACCCCAGGCUCCACAACAGCCUCAGGUCCAACCUCAAACCCAGAUUCAGUCUCAGGCCCAAACUCAGCUCCAGCCCCAGAGCCAAACCCAACUCCAUCCCCAGGUUCAGGUUCAGUUCCAGCAACAGAGCCAGGUUCACCCACAACCUCAGGCCCCGCAACAACCGCAGGUCCACUCUCAGUCACAGGUGCAAACUCAAGUCCAAACCCAGCCCCAGUUUCAAGUGCAGUCACCACAGCAGACCCAGGUCCAGCAGCAGCUUCAGGUCCAAACGCAACCCCAAGUCCAAGCUAAGCUCCAAGUCCAGUUUCAGCCUCAGAACCAAACACAAGUUCAAACGCAGCCUCAGCUUCAGGUCCAGUCUCCAAUCAGGCAUCAGCUCAUCACAGUUCCAGGCCUCCAGCAGCCAGUCCAGCUACUGUCAGCUCUGCCACCCCAUGUCGCUGCCCAGAUUCAAGCCCAGAUCCAGGCACAGGCACAGCAGCAGGGUGGCACAGUUCCCCAGCAGAUCAAACUACAGCUGCCUAUCCAGAUCCAGCAGACGGGGGGGCAAAUUCAGGCCCACCAGAUCCAAAACAUGGUGACUAUACAGGCACCUGCAAGCGUCCAGGAGCAGCUUCAGAGGAUGCAGCAGCAACAACAACAACAACAGCAGCAGCAGCAACAACAACAACAACAGCAGCAGCAACAGCAGCAGCAGCAACCUCCCCAGCAACAACAAAAACCAAAGAAGAAGAAACACAACGAGGCUAAAAGGGAACAGAAAGAGCAGAAUCUGCAGGCUGUUAACCCUGGGGAUGGCAUCCAAAAACAGGUGGUAGUAAAGCAGAAUGCUACAGCAGAACAGUUGAAACAGAGGAAGACCCUGGCUGCAGCUGAACGAGAGGAGAACCAGAGAAUGAUUGUGUGCAACCAGGUGAUGAAGUUCAUCCUCGACAAGAUUGAGAAGGACGAGAAGCAGGCAGCUAAAAAGAGAAAAAAGGAGGAGGUGGUGGAGCAGAAACGCUCCAAACAGAACGCCACCAAGCUGACUGCCCUGCUGUACAAGCACAAAGAACAGCUGAAGGCUGAGAUCCUGAAGAAGAGGGCCCUGCUGGACAAGGAGUUGCAGCUGCAAGUACAGGAGGAGCUGAGGCGGGACAUAGCCAGGCUACAGAAGGAGAAGGAGAAAGCAAGAGCUGCUAUCACCCAGGCUGCUGCAGCGACAGUCAAGGCCGCCGCUUCCCACUCCUCCCAUCCUUCACAAUCUACCCAUUCCUCUCACAGUGCCCACACGGUGCCCUUACCUUCUUCAUCCCAUAAACGUAAGAGGGACGAAGAGAGAGAAAAAGACAGAAACAGAGACAGGGACAGGCAUCACGACAAGGACAAGAAACGGGACAGGGAGAAGGACCGAGACAAAUGCAGAGAGCGGGAUAAAGACAGAGACGGGGAUCGAGAAAGGGAGAAAGACAGAGAGCGCGACAGGCAUCGGGACAGGGACAAGGACAAGGACAAGGACAGAGACAGGGACAGAGAAAAGGACAAAGAUUCCAGCUCAUCAAAACACAAGAAGAAGAAGAAGCUCUCUUCUACCUCAAAGGAUCAUAAGAAGGACAGCAAAUUGUACUGUAUCUGCAAAACACCCUACGACGAGUCAAAGUUUUACAUUGGGUGUGACCUGUGCUCUAACUGGUUCCACGGCGUGUGUGUCGGCAUCACAGAGAAAGAGGCCAAGAAGUUGGAGGACUUUGUUUGUAAUGACUGCAAACGUGGUCAGGAUGGAGGAAGCGAUGGAGGAAGCAAUGAGGAGCUGUACUGCAUCUGCAGGACACCAUAUGACGAAUCACAGUUUUACAUAGGCUGCGACCGCUGCCAGAACUGGUACCACGGGCGCUGUGUGGGCAUUCUGCAGAGUGAGGCCAAUCACAUCGAUAUGUACGUCUGCCCGCAGUGUCAGUCAACAGAAGAUGCAAUGACAGUCCUCACGCCGCUCACUGACAAAGACUAUGAGGGAUUGAAAAGAAUAUUACGCUCGUUACAGACUCACAAAAUGGCAUGGCCUUUCCUUGAACCAGUGGAUCCCCAUGACGCACCUGAUUAUUAUCGCGUAAUCAAGGAGCCAAUGGACUUUUCCACAAUGGAAACCCGUUUGCAAAAGCGACAUUACCACAAGCUCACAGAGUUUGUGGCCGACGUGACCAAAAUCUUCGACAACUGCCGCUAUUACAACCCCAAUGACACGCCCUUCUUUCAGUGUGCCGAGGUGCUUGAAGCCUUCUUUGUACAGAAGCUUAAGGGUUUCAAAGCGAGCAGGUCUCAUAACAACAAGCUACAGUGUUCUUCGGCCUCUUAGAAAGCAUCGCACAUUGCUCAGACAAAAUGCACUUGCCAAGAAUAUGGCUUUUCUGAACUGUAACUCUGUGACAGACUCCUCUGCCUCAUCCUGUGUUUGGGAUCUGCUCCUCUGACUGUCGGUGCCACCAGCACUGCUGCUUUCACAGAACUGUUCAGGCAGAGCUACCUUCUGCCCAUUUGAGCUCUAAGGGACCUUUUUGGACCUGGUCUUCAUCAGUGGGACUGUACUGAGGAGCAUGAACAACUGAGGCAUUUCAGAAGAACGUUUACCUCGGAGAAAAGACUCUUAAGGAGCUCUCAUAUUUCCAUGUUCUUUUUUUUUUAUCUCAGUCUUUUUAUUCAGUUUUUUUUUUCUUAUUAUUAAAAAUCCCUCAGGCCAUUCUUGUGGUCAUCAUGUCCAAUGAGAAAUAGGAAAUUGAAUACUUACAUACAGUGGCAGAGUUUUACUGAGCAUAACGUAACAAGAGUUUUGUGUCUAAGUUCAGAUAUCGCAGUGGAACUUUUUUCUCCCAUUUCCACUCAUUGUUUAGUCCGAAGUGGCAUGAAAGACAGUUGUACUAAAUAUCUGGACACCAGUAGUCUGCUUGGUUAAACUUCUAUAACCUACUGAAAGUAUGGUAAUAAGCUAUUGUAAAUGAAUUGCUCUGCAGUAGUGACUGACUGAGAAGGAUUAAACAGUGUAUUUGAAGGUUCCUGCCCUGUUUGUAAAAAUUUGUCAGAUUUUGACUGGAUUUCUUUUUCUUUUUUUUGUAUUACAUCUGAAGAAAUAUUGAUGUAUAUGGAACUUAAUAAAAUGGAGAAGAUUGCUUC